UCCUUGUUGUAAUAUCGCCGAGAGCGAGCGCGUUUAGACACAGAACCACCGAACAUUCACUCUGAGCAGCGGAGAGAAGCUUCAAGCUUUUCGAAGGCAUUCUAGAAAACGAAAUUCAUACCGCAAACAAAUGUGCUAUUUGAACCUGGAGAAACCAUUAAGACCAGGAACUUUUUUAUUUUGUUUUUCUUUACCCCUUUUCAUACCGAUAUGGAGAAUAGAAUUGAACAUGCAUUACUGAAGAAGCACGUGAACGUGGCUGCCUGACUGAAAUAUAGAGAUAUCCUAAGGAAACAUUUACGAUCUAUCUCCCGGACUAUUGCCGUAGUAGGGUCUUUGGAGGAUGGACCUGGCAUAUCUGCUGGGAUAAUCAAAUGGGGUUGGAACAGCAUGGGCGGAGCCUAUCACUGUGAUCUCGGCGUGCGAUGGAGGACUUGGACAGACUAUAGCCUCUGAUGGUAUAAAGAUGCCCAGUAUAGACCUACCACCAGUGACCACAGGGGGCAGCGGGAUGAGAAUCCUUGCAAUAAGCAAGCUGGGUUAAACUAGAUGCUGUCUUCCACGUUCCACUGUCUACGGCCACCGUGUCCCUCGUCUUGGAGACAUGACCCUAAUGGACUACUGGUACAGCCUGCUGAGUUCAGUGGCUGAGGAGCACAGGAAGAGACCCGUCUCAUUCAGGGAUGGUCCCAUGGACCCCCUGGCUGUGCUGGACGGGAACAGGGACCAGUUUCGUCACUGGGGUCUGCAGGUGUGCUUCGGAAGGGCCAGGCUGUACGGAUUCCUCCUUCUGCUGACGGUGAUGUUCUUCAUCACGGUCUCCUACAUCCUGACUGGGGAGAAGAAUGGGCUCCUGCUCACCCCUUCUCCAUACCGGAUCAGAACUAUUGUCGGGCCAGGACAGUGUCCCCUAAACUUAACCUCACCCAGGGAUUAUGCCAGCAUGAAAAUGGUGGUGAAGACCAUAGUGUCCAAGGUGAAGUUCAGCUCCAGGCAUGUACCAGAACUGAAGGACCUAAUCCACAAUGAGCCACAUGUGUUUUCCGCCAUACCCCGUAAAUUCCUCCCGAACAUCAAGAACCCCUGCUGGUACGAGGAGCAGGCGGGGAACGUGACGGCGGACCCCUACGGGAAGAACCUGUACGCCCGCUACUCCCGCCGGUUCCGCGCGGUGUGCGACGUCCUGAGGAAGACCUUCCGGGAGCACUUGUUCUACCAGGGGGGGCGGUGCUAUCGACUGCGCUGCCUGCCCUACUUCUACAUCAUCGGCCAGCCCAAGUGCGGCACCACGGACCUGUUCGACCGGCUGAAGAUGCACCCGGACGUGAGGUUCACCACCAUGAAAGAGCCGCACUGGUGGACGCGGAAAAGGUUUGGUAUUGUGCGCAUGAGCGAUGGCUUCCAUGACCGCUACCCAGUGGAGGAUUAUCUGGAUCUCUUCGACAUGACGGCGUUCCAGGUCCAGGAUCAUUUGGCGGGAAAUACCUCUAGCAACCAGAAUUCACGCAAUAUUAUAACAGGGGAGGCCAGCGCGUCCACACUAUGGGACAACAAAGCCUGGGUCUAUUUCUAUGACAACGGCACUGAUGGGGAGCCACCGUUCCUGAUCCAGGACUUUGUCCACGCCGUUCAGCCGGAAGCAAAGUUCAUUGUGAUGCUGCGGGACCCUGUGGAGAGGCUCUACUCUGACUACCUCUACUUCAGCAUCGCCAACAAAUCGGCGGAGGACUUCCACGAGCGGGUUUCAGAGUCCCUGGUGCUAUUUGAGGGGUGUCUGGCACAGGCCUCAGUGCGUUCCUGUGUGUACAACACCACUCUGAACCACGCAAUGCUUGUGAGAUUACACGUGGGAUUGUACAUUGUGUACAUCCUGGACUGGCUGAGCGUUUUCAGAAGGGAUCAGAUUUUAGUCCUGCGGCUCGAAGACCACGCCUCCAAUCGCGAAUACACCAUGCGCACAGUCUUCGACUUCCUCAGAUUGGGGCCUUUGACGGAACAGGAGGCAGCAGAGAUCACCCAAAGUCCGGUGUCAAACACCAGGAGGCCUGCUGACAAGAGCCUGGGGCCUAUGCUUCCAGUCACCAAGGAGAUCCUUCAAGAUUUCUACUCCCCUUUCAAUGAGAAACUGGCCAAAGUGCUCAACAAUGACUCCUUCAUGUGGCAUAACCAUGCGAAACUCAUGUAAACACUCUUCCCCAGCUAUGCAUCGCAUCCUCACACAAAACAAUGUUCUUUCUGCAAAUACCCAAAUAUGCCACAAAAUGUUUCUUUUUAUUUAAAUUAUUUUAAAUUAUUGCGAAGGGCAAAUGAACUGUCAGAACACAACAGCACAAUCAGAUCAUUUUGGCCUUGUUUUAUACAUCUCUAAAUGGGGGAAAAAAUAUUUUGUUGUUUUUGUUAUUAAUUAUUUCUAACAACACUGCUUUAACUAAAAUAAAUGUCAUAAAGACUAAA